AUGGAAACCAUCGAAUCCCCGCCGAAGGACGCCAGUACCCCGACCAACGGCGAAAAAUGGCAUCGGGCGACGAGAGGAAGAAGACUGGCCACGAAGGCGAAGCGAAAUGCGAACCGGCCACAUAGUGACAGGAAAACGCGUAGCGAGUUGGACAGUGCGCCCCAUGGCCCCGAAGCGCCGGAAGCCUGUGCCGCAGCAGUCAACCGACCGAUCGCGUGUAGUGAUAAGGCGUUCCCGCUGGAAAGUGUAGUUCGGCACGUAACAACGACCGACGUCGCAACCAAAGUCAGUGAUGACUCACCCGCGGCGGGGCCGGCCAGGAAGAUGGAAACGGCUUAG